AUGACAGGCGAGGCAGCAAUUAUAAUUCAAUUGCUGGAAUUGACUGAUUCAAAUUAUCAAGUAGCUUGGGAUUUAUUAAAACAGAGAUAUGAUAACAAACGCGCUAUAGUGCAUACGCAUCUACGCGCCCUGUUCGAGCUGCCGAAUAUCGCGAAAGAAAAUGCUGUUGAGCUGCGUAGGGUGGCGGACAAUGCCGCGAAACACAUACAAGCAUUGAAGGCACUGCAUUGCCCCACGGAGCAUUGGGACACGCUGCUUAUAUACUUAGUUUCGUCUAAAUUCGAUCCGAUUACUGAUAGAGAGUGGCGGGCGUCGUUGACCGGAACAGAGUUACCCGCGUUCAAGCAGCUCUCGGAAUUUUUGGAGCACAGAUGCAAUUUGCUAGAAUCGUUGAAUCGCGGAAAUUUACAAACUCAGCCCGCCGGAAAGCGUUUGGCAGCUCACGUCGCGACUGCCUCUUUGUCGUGUGAAUAUUGCCAGGGAAAACAUCUCAUUUAUUAUUGUCGUGAGUUUAUUAAACUGCCGGUCGCUCGACGAAUCGCGGAAAUACGGAAGCGCAAGCUAUGCGCAAAUUGUCUUCGCGGGGGCAAUCAUUAUGCCGCAAAAUGUAAAAUGGGCGCGUGUAAAACAUACGAAGCCAAACAUAAUUCGAUGCUUCAUCUUCAGGCGGAUUCGGGCGACAUUACUGAAAAGGGAAAGGCCGAAGGUGAGCCGUCUCCGGAGACGAUAAAAGAAAAAAUAGUUAUGACUCAGGUGUCUUCCGCGUGGAACGCGCAUGUAUUGCUUUCAACGGCAAUUGUGUAUAUAAUAGAUGCUACUGGAACGAGACAAUCAUGUCGGGUUUUGCUGGACAGCGGCUCGCAAGCGAAUUUUAUAACGCGAGAUUGCAUCGAGAGAUUAAACUUAAAGCCAUCGACGGGUAGUGUUAGAAUCACCGGAAUAAAUGGCAUGACAAGCGACGCCAACGAGAUCGUGAAAGUAAAAUUACAUUCGCGUUUGAGCGGCUUCUGCGCGAGUUUGGAGUGCGUUUUGACGAACCGCAUAACCGAUCGGAUACCUGCGGCACCUAUUAAUCGAGAAAGGAUACAUAUACCUAAUGGGAUUAAAUUAGCUGAUCCGGAAUUUCAUAAAUGCUCCGAUAUCGAUAUAUUGAUAGGCGCCGAUAUAUUUUGGCAGCUGCUUUGUGUGGGGAGAUUGAAAUGUUCCCGAUCGCAUCCCACGCUACAAAAAACGCUUUUCGGAUGGAUUGUCGCCGGCCGUGUGGAGGUCACCGCUCGUGACGCCCGCGGGCGCGAGGUGAGAGCGUUUCACAUUUCGGUGGCGGAUGCCGCCUUGCAAAAUCAAUUAGCCAAAUUCUGGCAGAUCGAGGAAGAUUUUCGGCCGUCGGAUUUGUACACUAGCGCGGAGCGUUUUUGCGAGAGACACUUUCUCGAUAAUACUAAGAGAAAUGAAGAGGGUCGGAUAAUAGUCACGCUUCCGAUUAUUAAACAGAAAUUAGAGAAUCUCGAGGAAACGCGAGACAUAGCAAUGCGGCGUUUUUGCGGGCUGGAAAGACGGCUGAAUCGCGAUCCGGGAUUAAAAUCGCAAUACGCGGCAUUUAUGCGCGAGUACUUGGCUCUUGGGCAUAUGAAAUUAGUAAGGGAGGAAAAUGACAAAGACAAGGGAUUGCCGACGUACUAUUUGCCGCAUCAUUGUAUAUUAAAGACGUCAAAUGAAACGACUAAAAUCAGGGUGGUUUUCGAUGCUUCAUGCAAGAGUUCGACAGGGGUUUCUUUGAACGACGCUCUUAUGAUCGGGCCGACGGUGCAGCAGGAUUUAUUUUCCAUUGUAUCGAGGUUUCGAAUUUUUCGAUUCGUAUUCUCCGCAGACAUCGCCAAGAUGUACCGGCAGAUAUUGGUCGAUCCGCAGCAGACGCGACUGCAGCGUGUUCUGUGGCGAGAUGAGGCCACCGAGAGCGUGCAAACAUACGAAUAA